AUGCCUGAACUUAGAAGCCAACCCGUAAGCUUGUUUCAGGGAGGCCCGAGUCAUCAGCAGCAGCAGGGUAGUGUGUUUUUUACCACUCGACACAAGGCCAAGAAGUUAGGCAUAAUGGUGACAGGUACGUUUCCCAUUUUGGGGCACUAUGCUUUAGUUUUGUUUGACUCUGACUCUUCGCACUCAUUUAUAUCCUCCAUAUUUAUAAAGCAUGCCAUGUUAAGGUCAGAACCUUUGCCCUUUGCACUGUCUAUUUCCACUCCAUCAGGAGAGAUCAUGUUAGCUACAAAAAAAGAUAAAGCAUGUCAGGUAGAGAUAGCAAAUCACGCAUUAGAUGUGACCUUGAUAAUUUUAGAUAUGCGUGAUUCUGAUGUGAUAUUGGGCAUGGAUUGGUUAGUUGCUAAUCAUGCCAUCAUAGAUUUCUCUUGUAAGGAGGUCAUCUUUAACCCUCUUAUAGGAGCCAAUUUUAAGUUUAAAGGGGUUGGGACCGUGGUCCUAUCCAAAGUGAAUUUAACAUUAAAGGCCAAUAGACUAUUUGACCAAGGAGCCGAAGGCUUUAUGGCCAGUGUGGUCGACCCUAGAGAGGCUGAAGUCACCUUGACUUCAGAGCCAACAAUAAAAGUUUUUCUAGACAUUUUUCCAAAGGAUCUUCCUAGACUACCCUUGCAGCGGGAGAUAGAUUUUGCUAUUGAGUUGGAGCCAAGAAGAACCCCUAUUCCAAAGGCUCCGUACAUAAUGACAAAGGCCGAACAUGAGAAGCAUUUGCGAAAAGUUCUGGAGACGUUGAGGGCCAAUAAUUUGUAUGCUAAGUUUUCUAAAUGUGAGUUUUGGCUGAGGCAGGUGUCUUUUCUAGGGCAUGUAGUAUCGAAGGAAGGUGUCUCUAUGGAUCCAGCAAAGAUUGAGGCAGUUACACAGUUUUUGGGGCUAGCAGGCUACUAUAGACGAUUUGUAAAGGACUUCUCUCGCAUAGCCGCCCCAUUGAAUCAGUUGACCCAGAAUGUAGCCUCUUUUGUCUGGAAUGAGGUUUGUGAGAGAAGUUUCCAAGAUCUUAAGCAGAUGGGUGUUUCAGCCCCAGUUUUUAUAGUACCAGAUGGAUUAGCAGCAGUGGUUUUCGCUCUCAAGAUCUGGAGGCACUAUUUAUAG